ACGGGUGAAGGACGGAUUUUCGGAUCCAACGUGUCGCUUUUUUCAUCGGCAGAACUUGAUAUGAACGAGGCUAGCUAUGGCUGGUGCAUACAAAUAAUAUCAAGUGCUAUAAUAUCGACUAUGAUUGCUGGACGAAUUAAAACAAUUUCUAUAAUUGCCAUAUCAAUUGUUACGUCAGUAUUGUUUUAUCCGGUUAUAAUUCAUAUUACAUGCGGAGAAAUUGGAUUUUUGCGAAGUAGUUCAAUGUUCAGCGAAAAUGUGUCUUUCAAAGACUAUGGAGGCGGCACAAUUAUUCACGUAACUGGAGGUUUGUUUGCUCUGGUUUCUUGUCUCAUUCUUGGACCCAGAGUGAUGAGAUUAAAGUCAAUUGACGUAUAUGGAUUGACAGACGAUGCGCCCACUAUAUCAAUGUUGGGAUAUGUUUUAAUCGUGGUUGGACUUUUCGCCAUGUGCAUGCCAUCGCCUACCUAUGAACAGGAUCGUGUACCAGGGAAUUAUACUGGUUUUGCCGCAAUAUGCUUCAUAAUGGCUUUUACUGGUGGUUUUCUAACAAUGAUUUGCUUACAGACUGCAUUCCGUGGAGGAUUAUACACAUAUUGGACAUUUUUAGCUUGUUUGCAGGGAGGAAUAUCAGGAAUCGUAACAAUAUCGACCGCUCCGGAAAUUCAUAACGCUGUAAUGUCACUUUUUGUGGGUGCAUUCGGUUCGUUAAUUUGUUAUCUAUUUGAAAGAAUCAUUUAUAGAUCAAACUUAGAGGACUAUUGUAAUCUUGUAGCGGUGCACUUAUGCAGUGGCGUUGUGGGCAGCCUGCUGUGCGUCCUUACCGCAGCUGGGGAUGAUUUAGGUAUAAUAGCAGGAGUACCAGUAUUGAUUCAUUUCUUAUGGCAAAUUAUUGGACUUCUAAUCAUUUCUGUAUAUACAGUGAUAAUUGCUGCAUUACUUAUAUUGGGAUUGUCUUUAUGUAAGGCCCUAAGAAACAAUGACGAAGUCCGUAACAAUAAUAGGGCAAAACACAUCCAAGAAAUUAUGAACUCUUACUACAAGUUAGAACCAUUUAGUAGAUUAUUUCCUUUAUCUAAUGAAUUACAAUUACUGAAGGAACAAAGAAUAAACACACGGUGGGUAUAUGUUAAAUCAAAGGUUCCGGAGUACCAGACCAGAAUAGGUUGGUCUAAAAGCGACUUUUUCUGGUAUGCUAACAAGACCGCAGCUGCUACUCUAGUAUAUAAUGCACAAACGGUGCCCAAGUUAAUAUCUGAUAUGCCAGAAAUAAAUUAUGAUAAAUUAGUUCAAGAUACACAGAAAAAUUCUUUGACUUUUGAGAAGGCAUAUAUGAUAAAUGAAUAUGCAACAAAUCUACCAAGAAAACUUUAUUUGCCAAAAUCUUUAACAAAAUGGCCAAUUUUAAAGUUAAGCCACAAGUACCUAAUUACAAAAUCAAGUGAACAAUACAAGAUCAGGCCAACUAGACAUCGUUUAGUUCCUUUAAGGGUAUUUAAUAAACCGUUAAAAGUAACACACAAAAAAGUGGUUAUAAGAAAUCAGCGACAGCUCAGAAAUAGUUAUAAGAAUUUGCUAUUGAGUGAUAUAAACACAUACUGCCAUAAAAGUAAUAUUGAUAUGAGAAAUAAUAAAACUAAAUGUAUCACCCACAAUAACUCAAAUGAAUAAUGAAAUGAGAAAAAUGAGAAAUAUAUUAAAAAUGAAUAAA